AAGAAGGAAAGAAAAAAAAAAAAAAAAAUCAUAGCUACUAGGAGGAGGGCGAGAAAAAAUGAAGUCAAUUAUACAACAGUCAGGCUCUACGAAGCUCCCUCCUUUCCUCCUCUCCCAUGCAUUACUACUACAUCUGGUGGCUGCGCUGCGGCGCUCUGUAUCAUCCACCGGGCACGCCGGCUCCAGUCUGUAGGCAUGUCAGCUGGGAGCUCUGAGGGGACCGGAGACAAACUAGCAGACAGUCUCAUCAUGAGUUGUGGAUUUAACUGGACCAGGUUGUUAAACGUUGUGUUGCAGAAAACAGUGGCUAGCUGAUCAUGCUGCAGCAGAGGAGGGGCCAAGUCAAGCAGGAUGCUCGAAGCCAGCUGUCGAGCUUCCAAGGAAACGAAAAGGAGAUGUAGAAGAGAGCCAAACCCUCGACCUGCAGAUGGAUGAGGACUUCAGCAGAUCUGAGGGGGAAGAUCAGCAAGUCAAGAUGAAAUGCUUCAGAGAGCCUCAUCGACAGAUUGAAAAGCGGCGGAGGGACAAAAUGAAUACUCUCAUUGAUGAGCUAGCUGCUAUGAUCCCUUCCUGCCAGCUCAUGGCUCGAAAACUUGAUAAACUCACUGUACUACGGAAAGCUGUACAACACCUGAAAGCCCUCAAAGCUGGUACAAGCAGCGCCUUUACAGAUACCACCUCCAAGCCUUCUAUCUUGCCUCAUGAUGACCUUCGUCACCUUCUGCUUAGGGCUGCAGAUGGUUUCCUGUUAGUUGUAAGUUGUGAACGGGCAAAAAUUCUGUUCAUCUCAGAGUCUGUCUCCAAGAUCCUCAACUUCAGCCCGUUGGAGUUGACUGGGCAGAGCUUGUUCGAUUUCAUUCACCCCAAAGAUAUCAACAAGGUGAAGGAACAGCUGUCAUAUUCAGAGAUGGUCCCUCGCCAACGCCUCAUUGACGCAUCAACUGGGGUUCAGGUUCAGGUGGAGCCCCUUGUAACGACAUCCCACUUAACCACUGGAACUCGCAGAUCCUUCUUCUGUCGAAUGAAGCACACUCGAGUUGCAGGAAAGCAUGAAGACAAGCACUCAUUGCCCAGUACCUCUAAAAAGAAAGAUACUCACAGAUACUGUACCCUCCAUUGCACUGGAUACAUGCGGAGCUGGCCGAGCAGCCAGCUAGAAACAGAGGGUGAUGCCACCGAUAAGGAAACCUUAAGCCUAAACUGCCUGGUGAUGGUGUGUCGUCUCCUCCCACAUGUUUCCCACCAGUCCUCCAAAGACAUCAAUGUCAAAGCCACUGAGUUCGUUACCCGCUGUGCAAUCGACGGCAAGUUCACUUUUGUGGAUCAACAAGCCACAACAAUCAUCGGUUAUUUGCCACAGGAAGUUCUGGGCACGUCCUGCUAUGAAUACUUCCACCAGGACGACCUGCAGCACCUCGCAGGGAAACACAGGCAAGUUCUUCGAAGUAAGGAGAAGAUUGAAACACAGUGCUACAGGUUUAAAACUAAAUAUGGCUCCUAUGUUUCGCUCCAAAGUCAGUGGUUUAGUUUCACAAAUCCAUGGACCAAAGAAGUUGAGUUUAUUGUGUCUUCAAACAGGGUCAUCUCGGGACCUAAUACCACAAAAGGUGAUGAGGAAGCAGGUAACUCAAAAGCACUUAAGGAUGACACCAAAGAAGUACCAGAAAUUCCUGGCCUCUCUUGUGGUGUGGGCACAAUGAUCUACGCAGGCAGCAUAGGGACCCAAAUUGCAAAUGAGCUUUUUGACUCCUACAGAGCAAACUCGUCCCCAUCAAGCGGAGCUUCGAGUCCAUUUGACCCUCUCCAAGAGAAAUUUCCACAGACCAGCAGCAGUGUGACUGACGUACUCAGGACAUCCAGCAGAGAGGAGGCAGCAGGCAGCUCUUCACAGUCCCAGUGCCAGUCCGAAUCAGGCGCGUCAGCAGGUGCCAGUGGUUCAACGUCUGAGAGCACAGGUGAGCCAUCCCAGCUGGACCUGGAGAGCAUGGUGGUUCCAGGAUUGAGCAGCUUCAGCAGCGAUGAGGCAGCCAUGGCGGUCAUCAUGAGUUUGCUGGAGACAGAUGUAAACAUGGGUCAAUCGGGAGAUCUGGAGGAUUUACACUGGCCUUUCUAGAGGAAACUGCUCAGAGUUUCAACCACUCUCUCCCAGUUUUUGUGCCGUUCCUUGCCAUUUGCUGAAAACUUUAUGAUUUGGCUAGUUCUGAACUGAAGGCUUCUUUGAACUUGCACAACUGAACCCACUGGACUUGUACUAAAGGGCACAAUAUGUCAUAUUUGAGGAAUACUGUGACUGUGAUCAAUGACCCCGUACCUCGCUUGGUUCCUGCUUUAAGGAAAUUUGAGGUUACAGGGGCCCUGAAGCCUUCGGUGAGUCUUCCUCAGUGACACCUUAGCAUCUCAAGAGGGCCUAGAUCAAGACUUUCCACAGCAGAACAAUACAUUUGCUAUGCUGUGACCAAGGCAAGUAAAAGAUUCAGACUCCUCCCAUGAGUAGUGCUGCUAGAGAAACCUCUCAGAGCUUUGAUAUUUGCGCAUCCUUUGGUAUAGGGUGAUGACUGUCACACGUCUCAUUAUGAAGUCUGAUUACUACUUUUUACUGGUUUUUAAAGCUCUACAUGAGAAGAAUACUCUGAUGAGUAAUGGUUUGUCUGAUUUUAUGUCAAGUGAGCGAGGAGAGCUUGUAGGAGAUCAGAUUUUUUAUCCUCUUAAUGAGAAUUACAGAUGAAUUAGCUCACAUGGAGUUGCCGCAGGGCUUGCACCACCACCACAGGUCCAGUUACAUUCCACUUUGAUCAUUUUAACAACACACAGCACAAGGGGUGGGUAAAUAGAAAUAGGUGUAGUUCAUUCUUAUUUUUGUCAAAAUUUCACUUGUAACAAUAGAACAAGAAAAAAACAAACAAAAAAAAAAAACAACAAAAAACUGGAUCUCAACUUGAAUAGAUCGACGCAGCCUUCUGUGUGACGUAUUGCGGCAACAUACUCCCAGUUAUUUUGUACUUCACCUACAAAAGGGUAAGCAUUUGGCAAAAUUCAGGAUUUUUAAAUGUUAUACUUAGCUUUGCAAGGCCAAGCUGAUUUCUUGUUUUUUUUUUUUUUUUUUUUUUGCACAUACUAUUAUGUCUCAUCCAAAACAGACUCCUUAAUUUCCCACCCAGUCCCAGAGUAAAAUGUCAUUUUAUGUUUUUUAUAGAAACGGUGGAUCUAUAUAAACUUAUUUCUUACAUUGCCAUGAUCCUUUUCUUGAAACUGCUCUGGUGUGCUUUGUCCUCCACGAGUGUGAGCCUUAUCACAAGGGUGUUACAUCCCUGGGCUGCCAAAGAGUGGCCUUUGCUUUUUCACCUUGUUUUGUUGUAAUUACAGUUUUGUACCAGUCUCUCUUCAUUUUAGGUGUAAAAUACAGCCUUUCAUAACAUAAAGCAUCACUAGGCAACAACGUGAAGAAACACCAGCUUCUUCCAUCUGAGACACUUUAAAAUUACAUGUAUUUGUGGCUGAGAAACAUUGAUAUUUGACUUGCAUAUCAACAUGUAUUUGUCAUUUAUAGAAAUGUAAAAUGGCAAUAAUUUUCUUUGGUGACUGGGCUGUUCACUUGAAGAACAAUGACUUACUCCAGUGCUAACAUUAAAAAAAGAGCUUUUUGUCUAGAAUUGAUUUUAAAUUGUGACAUCCCCUGAUUACAAUAACGUGAAAUGGAAAAGAAUAAUCAGAUUACCAAUGAGUCCCACCCAAACAAACAAUGUGCAAUAUUUGUUUAAGAGAAGUCAAACAGAUUCUAAACAUUUAUUUUAACAAAUUAUUUUAAAAAAGGCUGUGAUGUGCUACCACUGUGUUGAGCUUUUACUUAGCUGGCCAAGCACUUUUUAUACUUUUAUAUGCUUUGCUAUUAUUUAAGCAAAGCAUAUAAUUGACAGACUAAAAUUUAUGUACCACAUCAUCAUCUGGCAUUUAAAAGCAUUCGCAAUGAGAGCUAAUUCUCUCAAAAAAUACAAGGGAAUGUCUUUCAAGGCUUUACUUCAGGACUGUUUUUGAUAAAAAUAAAUACUUGAAUAUUGACUCUUGUUUACACUGUUGGUCCCUGGAUAAAUAGCAGCUUUGUUGCAAAGAAAAAUUUCAAAAUUCAGACUUCCUGUUGUGUGGAAAGAAGCUCAAACCAAGCAGUAAAACAUUUUUUUUCAAAGGUUCAAAAUACUAAAUUAUUGUAAACUAGUUUUGCCAGCCAUUUUAAAGUUUCCAGUUGGAGGCCAGAAUCCCAAUUUGAAAUUUUACUAAUCAUUAUGACAGUUUUACUUUUAAAAGUUAGAGAAAUAGUUUCUAACAAGUGAAAGCCUAAUAUCCAAGCAAAAAGAAAAGAUUUAUAUUCAUUUUUACAUUGAGGAUUUUUGAUUUGAUUUGCAUGUCUAAAGCCCUAGAAUGCCUAUACUGUUUCUUUACAUAUCAGGUUUUUAAUGAGCUCCAGACAGCUGUAAAAGUGACCCUCUGAACUGGGAAAAUAUGGAAGACCCACCACAGAUAAGAGAAUGUGUUAACUAGAGUCAACUUGCUUUCGCGUGUCAUUUUUUUUAUAUCCUUCCUGUUACCAUAUAAAUAGUAUUUCAACAGUUCAUAAUGGCACAGAAAUUUAUGUAGGAUUUGUGUUACCAAAUCCAAUUAUGCUUUUGUCACUGAAUGUCCAACUACCACAUUAUCCCACCUUGUACCAUCUCAACAUUGUUUAAAAAGCAGCUAAUCUGAAUGCAUAAAUGUGAAGGGCAGUUUAGAGAGGUCCUUGUUUGCU